GCUAACCUUAAAAUAUCAUCUGUCAGUUAAUUGACAAGUGAGUUGUUGAUAUUUUUUGUAAACACUAAGCAAAAAAUUGUUUAAUGAAAAAGGGGCAAAAUUAUUGGGCAUGUCCAACAUGACUGCAACCAACAAUAAGAAGCAUGGAAGCUCAACUGAAAGCUCUUCCGGUUCGAGCGACUCUUCUACUUCUAGUUCUUCAUCAAGCGGUUCUGAUUCAUCAUCAUCCAGUGAUAGUGAAUCUUCCAGUUCGCAAGAGUCCAGCAAACAACAAUCUGGAUCAGAAUUAAAAAAGAGUGCAGCCAUACAGAAAAACCCCCGUAAAAGCUCUGAUAGCAUAAAAACCAGCACUUCCAAAUCAUCGGACCCAAAACCGGCCCCAAAACCCAAAACGCAAGCCCCGAAACCCGCCAAACAACCCCCCAAAACUGCGGUUUAUUCUUCAGAAGAUGAAGAUAAACCUAAACCUAGCGUCAAGCGUAAAAGCACAGCAAAACCUAAAAGUAGUGCUACAAUCACACCUAAAACCGCCAGUAGCAACAAAACUUUGCCACCUAAACCACCGGUAAAAAUUGUACAAAAUAAAGGAGCAAAAGUGAAAGAACCACCUAAGAAAGUGGUAGGGAAAAAUGCAAAUAAGAACGAUUCCGCCAAUAAGAAAAAAAGUAUUUUUUCGCCGGAAAAUAGCUCAGAAUCAGAUGAUACGACCAAGAAAAGUCGGCCGAAACCUGCAGCACCUAAACCCCGGCCUAAGGCUUCCGCCAGAACGGUUGAAAAGCCCAAACCUGUGGAGAAAAAGCCUGAAAAACAGGCUCCUAAAUCUAAGCCAAUUGUUAGCUCUGCUAGUUCUGCGACGUCCUCAACUGCUUCUAGUAGUAGUUCUGAUAGUGAGAGUAGCGCUGAAUCGUCUAGUACUAAUCGCAAAAUUACUGAUAAAAAAAAUACAAAAAAGCCUUCUGUUACUGCUAAAGACAGAAAUGUUAUGUCUGAUUCAGAAACAGAAAGCCAAAACACGAAACAAGUCACUAGGAAAUUGACUCGCUCCGCUAGUACUAGAAAAUCUAAACAUGUUUUGGGCAAAAGCGUCUAUUCUGACACAGAUUCAGAUACAGAAAGUACGAAAAGGUCUCUAAGUCGGUCCCCUGUUAAACGAGCUCCAGUCACAACAAAAGGAAAAACGAAAAAUAACAAAAGAAACGACGCGAAAUCACGUGCCGAGGAAAUAAUAAUAAUCGAAGAAAGGAAAUGUCCUUUAGAAGGUUGCAACAGUUUGGGCCACUUGAGUGGCAAAUACGAAAAACACUUUACUUUAGAAGCCUGUCCUAUGUAUCACAAUUUAACCCCUCCUCAAUGCAAAGAGGAAUUACUCGAACGCAAGAAACGCGAAGACAUCCGCCGAAAAGCCCUAGAAUUCCACCGAAAAUCCCCUCGGCCUCAACCGAGUCAAGACCAGAAACAAUACUUGCAGAAAGUCCGCGACAUUCACUUAAAAUUCAAAUCAGAGCCGAUGGAAGAAACAAAACCACAAAAUCUCGAUAAAAACCGCGAACCGGAUUUAUCGAAUUUCGUGCCCGAUUAUGAUCUGAAAUUGUUCAGGGACGCACAGGCGUUAGCGAGUGAAAAAAUCGAGGAGGAUUUGAAAACGCAACCGAACACUAAAGGGACGAAAUGCAUCGAAAUGGGGAAAUUUGAGAUGGAAGUGUGGUAUCAAAGUCCGUAUCCCGAGGAUUACGCGCGGUUACCGAAAUUGUAUAUUUGCGAGUACUGUUUGCGGUACAUGAAAACGAGGACUGUUUUGCAAAGACAUGUCGUUAAAUGUGUCUGGAGACACCCACCCGGUGAGGAAGUUUAUCGCAAAGAUAAAAUAAGUGUGUGGGAAGUGGACGGGAAACGCUAUAAACAGUACUGCCAAAAUUUAUGUCUGCUAGCGAAAUUUUUUCUGGAUCACAAGACGCUGUAUUACGACGUUGAGCCGUUUUUGUUCUAUGUUAUGACGAUUGUGGACACGGAAGGCUGUCAUACCGUGGGAUAUUUCAGCAAGGAAAAGAACUCCUUCCUGAAUUACAACGUAUCCUGUAUCCUGACUUUGCCUCCCUAUCAACGACAAGGAUAUGGAAGGCUUCUUAUCGAAUUCAGUUACUUACUGACGAAAGUUGAAGGAAAGAUCGGCUCCCCCGAGAAACCCUUGAGCGAUUUGGGAUUGAUUUCUUAUCGUUCUUAUUGGAAAGACGUCUUGCUCGCCUACCUAUGUUCUGGACCGGGCACACAGUUAUCAGUGAAAGAUAUCAGCCAAGAAAUGGCGAUACACUCGUACGAUAUCGUCUCGACGCUCCAAGCUCUCGGAAUGAUGAAAUAUUGGAAAGGAAAACAUAUCAUUCUCAAGAAACAAGACGUUCUGGAUGAAUACAUCGAAAGAGUCAAAAAAAGGGGCUCGAUGGUGAAAGAAGUGGACCGGUCGUGUCUCAGGUGGACGCCACCCCAACCCGCAUCUCUUUGAAAACGCAACAAACUAGCCCACGAAUGAUAUCUUUCAAUUUAUCCCUAAUUAUACUGCCGAAUUUGAAAGACAAUCAUAUAGGGGCCUUCGAGGGGACGACAAAAGUUCAUUUGACACGUGUGGAGCCGCUCCCCAGUCCCGAGGGACGCCACUGCACGCUUUAUUGGAAAUCACAUCAAGUCUUAACUGUUUCAAAUGUGUUGCUUUUUAUAAAAUUUCAGCCAUUCAUACUCGAAUAUUAUUUAUGACUCUUCAAUUACGAGUACUACCUUUCCAACAAAGGUCGUUGAUUUUCAAAAGACUUUCAAGUGAUCAAAUAAUUACAUUAAAACAUGCAGUUAACAACUGAAAACGCCGCGGGUUAACACGAAGUGUUGGAAUCUAAAUGGGACGAUAACACUAAAAGCUGACAACUCGAGGGGUCUGAGACAGGAAGCCUGGUAGAAAAUUUUAUCCCUUUAUUGAAAUUUCAGGCGAACAAAUUGUCGAUUUAUUUUAUUUUAUGUACUGUAGGUUUUAGGUAGUAGAGAAAUUGUUAUUUAAAUGUAAAUAAAAAUACGUAAACUCA